UAGGUGAAUUAUUGCUGCACUGUAAAGUAUAAAGUAUUUUGAUUGGCUGGCGUGCUGCACUACAGGUAGACCUAUAGAGUAUAUGCAGAGCGUAAGGUAACCUGCAAAGAAGCAAGAGACUAGAGAACAACGCCGUUCCAAAAUGUCACUGGAGGAUCCCUUCUCGGUGGUCCGGAGUGAGGUACAGAAGGCACUGAACACCAGCCGGGGGCUUUACCAACGCUGGUGUGAGCUGCUUCAGGAGAGUCAGGUGACCAGCGUGGAGGAAUUUGAUUGGACGACCAACGAGCUUCGGAAUUCCCUGAGGAGCAUUGAAUGGGAUCUGGAGGAUUUGGAGGAGACCAUCAGCAUCGUGGAAUCGAAUCCACGGAAGUUUAAGAUCUCGGCCUUGGAGGUGAAGGAGAGGAGAAGUUUUGUGGAACAGACCCGGAACUCCGUCAAGGAGAUGAGAGAUCAUAUCUCCAGCCCCAGAGCUGCAGCUUUCACCGAGAAGAAGAGCAGAGAGGCUCUGGGAAUCUCCAAGCCCGCGUCUGAUCGCUUCUCCCGCCUGGACGACCAAAUCGUCUCUGGGAACUCCCGCUAUCUGGAGGAUCAGCAGGCGCAGCAGCAGCUCAUCAUAGAGGAGCAGGACGCGGAGCUGGAGUUAGUCGGAGGCAGUAUACGGGUCCUGAAAAAUAUGUCCGGGCGCAUCGGAGACGAAUUGGACGAGCAGGCGGUGAUGCUGGACGACUUCUCCCAUGAGAUGGACAACACGAAGACCAGAAUGGACUCGGUGCUUAACAGACUGGCCAAGGUUUCCCACAUGACCAGCGAUCGCCGCCAAUGGUGUAUGAUUAUUGCCCUUGUGGUCGCCCUCCUGAUUGUACUGAUCCUUCUGUUCACGGUCAGAACAUGAUAGGCGCGCAGUACUACCCGCUUGGCCUAGUGCCGCGGCCGUUAGGGGCUCGGGACGGAGCCGGAGCCGACCCGCGGCUCCAGACAUGGAGUUUUGACGGUUACACACAGUGCCAUGUAUCUGCUGAACA